AUGCGAACUGAAAUUAUCUCACUGCAUAAUGCAUCGCGCGAAAUCGGCGCGCAGAACUAUCCUCAGUGUAUCAAUUUGCAGAUUACUAGCGACGGUACCGAACUGCCUUCUAGUAUUCUCGGCGAGAAGCUCUAUGACCCGGACGAUCCUAGCAUGCAUCUGUAUAUAUAUGAUGGCCUGUCGACAUACAGGAUUCCGGGCCCGACUCUUAUCUCCGGGAUUGAGACUGUGACACUGAGUCAUCCUAUUCCAACCGGAAGCGGUAUACCGCUUACUGGCUUCAUUGAAUCGGUAGUGCCGGUGCCCACUCCAACUUAA